AUGACCCUCACCAACAUUCUAAAGAUUGUGGCUUUUGCCAUUCUUUUCGUCGCUGCCACCCCCUAUAGUCCUGCCAGCCAGAAGACAAGCUACUGUGGUCAUGGUAAAAUUCCCAUCUCCGACGCCAAACGGCUUGCGCUCUUCCAAGAGUACAAUCAACAGCUACAUAUCAAGAAAGACGUAGCCGGCGCUUUCGCAAAAUACGUCUCACCAGAUCUGAUCGAACACACCCAAUCGACUGGAACCUACGAUGAGAAUGUGGCAUUCCUCACAGCCCUGUUGCCACUCGUCAACAUCACGAUUAUCAGCGACCUGUUUUCCUGUGGUAAAUCUAUUGCCUCUCAGCCCAUCUGCUCUCUCCACUACAAGGUUGUCCCGAACAGCCCUGUGCAGGCAUCACCAACACUUCGGUCCUUACAGACGUGUACCGUUAUGAGGACAGCUGCAUCGUUGAGCACUGGGACUCGUUGCUAA